CAACCCUUGUGUGGAUAAGCGGCUCAGAACAUGGAAGGAUGGAUAUUUUAACUUUUUCACAUAUAUAUUUCGUUUCACUUGUUGAAAUUCUGACUUCCAUUGAUAUUUCACUUAGCAAAAUGGAAGAAUUUAAAUCUAAGUUUUCCUAACUUCGUUAUUAUCUUUUUUCCGUUUUUUAAAAAAAAGUCGGAACUAAAUGUCGUGAACGUAAUUGUCAUUCGGAAACAAAUAGCAGACGCACCGCCCCAAACGUUCUCGCAUUGGCGACUUAGCUCCUGAUCUGAACUAUCGCUCAGAUUCAUUAUUUCACUUGAAUUUAAAAUCAAACGAUCUUCAACGCCACAUGGACCGAAGCAGAUCCCCGAAACGAAGCAGAGACGAGGAGAAAAAUCACAAAGUAAAGAAGAAGCGAAGAAGGUCUUCGUCCUCCUCGUCGUCUUCAUCGUCGUCGUCUUCAUCCAGCAGCAGAAGUCGAAGCAAAUCGAAGAAGAUGUCACGCAAAAGUCAAGGUGGAAAAAGGCAAGCAAAGAAGCGAAGUCGAAGCUCCUCAUCAUCGACAUCGUCAUCCUCUUCUUCCUCAUCGUCUUCGUCGUCGUCGAGCGAUGAAACGACAAAAAGAAAAAAAGCCAAGAAAAGAAAAUCAAAGAAGAAGAAGAAGAAGGCCAAGCUGAAGAAGCAGAGAAAGAAGGAGAGGAAGAAGAGAAAACUGGAGAAAAGAAAGGCGGAGGGAGAGAAGAAACCCAAAAAAAGGAAGAUGGAAGAAAUACAGAAGAAGCUGAUGAAGCUGGCGGAGCCGCUGAACGUCGCGCCAGCCAAGCCGUCGUCGUCCUCGCUCGAGCUUUGGCAGAGCGACGAUGGCGGCGUGGAACUCGGCCCAGUGAUGACGGACGAGCAGAAGUCGCGGCUGGCCACUAGGAGGCCUCUGACCAAGGAGGAGUACGACGCCCGGCAGAGCAUCAUCCGCAGGGUGGUCGACCCCGAAACGGGACGCACCAGAUUGGUGCGAGGCGAGGGCGAGAUCAUCGAGGAGAUCGUCAGCAGGGAGAAGCACAAAGACAUCAACAAGGCCACCAAAGGAGACGGCAGCUCCUUCCAGAGAGUUCUGGGACUCAACCGAUAGGAAGGGGUUCUGGUCCAUGCUCGGGCAAACCUGAACCACAUCAAGUGCCCGUCCCAGCUGAAGCCAAGUCCUUUUCUAGAUGAGGCUCAUACAUCUUUGGAAAGCUGUAGUCGUACAGUCUAGAAAAAAGAAAAAAAGUCAAACAUUUUACAAAACAAACGUUUCCAGGUGAGUCCUCUGUUGUUAAGUUUUUAAUUCAAAGUCCCAAUAGUUAAAAAAAAAAAAAAAAGGACAAAAGUCAAAUAUUUGCAAUAAUCAUACAUUUUUGAGGGGGGAAAAAGUUCUGUGUUUUGGCAAGGCAAACAUUUUCAAGUAAAGUUUUUUAAUAAGAAACUGAAAAAAAAAUAA